UCAAACUGCAAAUGUAUGAAAAUAAAAUGCAAAGUCCUGAUAUGUGAUAAUCAACCAUGUGUCUGAACCUUGAAACAGCUCAUGACUCAUUUUUGCCUUGCUCACCUUGAAUAUCUCCUCUGUUUAUCUCCAGGUCCUCUUCUAAAGUCCUCCCCAACAACAGGACACCAGUGUGUGGCAGUACCUGCAGCUCCUCCAGGAUGGCACAUCUAUACUUGCCGUUGCAAGAAGGUUUACUGUCUCCCAGCACAGUCUCAAGAGCAUGGAGGAGCACACUGAUGCCCUGAUCCAGUUCUGGGUGAAGAUCCCACAGGGCACCAUCUGCCGUCUCAUCAGGAGCAUUCCCAGACGUCAAGAGUGCAUACAGGCAUCGUUCCCGGUCUGAGUCUGUUUGAUGCUGUGUGGGGCAACAGCGACUUGUUGGCAGAGGCUCCGCUCAUCCUCCUUCCUCAAGGAGCUCCGGUCCGGUCAGCUACAACAACUUCAUCCAGCAGGAGGCGCUCUAUCUGCACAGAGUCAGCAGCACACUGGAGCUGCACCAUGGUCAUCCUCACUCAGAAAUAUUGACAUCAUCUCCAACAUGAUCACAACGAUAGGGGAGAGCGGGACAACCGUCAUUGCCAGGCUGAGCCAAUCAGAGUAGGACAUUGCAAAUAGGAUUUGCAGAUUCUGGGACUGGGAUAGAUGAUGAUCGCCAAACUUUCUCUGUAAAAGACCAUCUCUGCUGUAGCCUGUGUCUCCGACUUGCCACUAAUCUUCAUCCCUGCGGCUGCAGCACCGUCUUCUCCCUAAAGUCACCAAAGAAACACACUCCUUCUCUGCGAUAAACCGGGCGCUCCAGUGAGUAGCACAACAAACACUGUGGGGCCACGACGAGUCGGCGAACUGUCUGAAAAACUUCAGUCACCCAGAAGUUUGCCCAGAGGAAAAACCGCCGGCCGCCUUUCUCCUCAGGCGCUCCAGUGAGUAGCACAACAAACACUGUGGGGCCACGACGAGUCGGCGAACUGUCUGAAAAACUUCAGUCACCCAGAAGUUUGCCCAGAGGAAAAACCGCCGGCCGCCUUUCUCCUCAGGUGAGGCCUCAGCUCUGGUAAAUGAUGGUGCGUGUGUUAGUUCCUCUCGUCUUGACUGUCCUCCUGACUGAGACGUCUGCUUCACUGUCAUCUUCAGGGACGGAGCAGGUCUUUUCAUGCCCACCUCGGUGGCUCCUGUUUGGGCAGAGAUGCUUCGCUUUCUACCCUGUGUGGAGCUCCUGGAGCGAUGCCGAUUUAUUGUGCUCUCAGGCAGCUGGUAAACUGGCGUCGCUUCACACACCAGAGGAGAGACAGUUUGUCCGUCUGCUAGCAAACACACACACACCUGUGUGGCUGGGUGGAUACCAGGAACAGCAGAACGGCUCUUGGUUUUGGAGCGACAACUCCCCCUUCAGGAUGAGUGAUUGGACCAAUCAGAGGCAGGGAAAGACCAGCGAGGGCGGGGCUUGCAUGGAAAUGGAACCAAAAAGUGGAAAGCUGCACAGCGCCCCCUGUGGAGAGCUCAGGUUCUACAUCUGCUCCAACACAGCCAGCUCCUCUUCAAAAGUCCUCUCCAGCGACAGGAAACCAGGCAUCGUUCCCGUUCUGAGUCUGUUUGAUGUUGUGUGGGGCAACAGCUACUUGUUGGCGGAGGAGAUUCUCCGCUCGUCCUCCUUCCUCAAGGAGCUCUGGUCUGGUCAGCUGACUCAGCGCUGCUACAACAACUUCAUGCAGCAGGAGGCGCUCUAUCUGCACAGAGUCAGCAGCACACUGGAGGCCCUGAUGUGUAGUUUACAGGAAGCAGAUGAGAACACAAAAUCACUGCUGCUGGACACACUUCAACACUACAGCAGCAGAAACCAGAGCCCCCUCACUUCGCCUCCCCCACAGUGGCUCCACUUCGCCCUGCAGUCUUUCCACUCUGUGGUUUUGGAGGAGCCGAUCUAUUGGCUGGUGGCUCUGUCGGCCCGGGCCUGCCUCCGGGACUUUUUGGCUGAGCUCAAGCCUGGUUCCCCGCUGGUGUCUGGGUCUGAGGAUAAGGCCUGCAGCAUCUACCAGGAGUGGAGUGUAGAGAGUCUGAAGGAGGUCGCCUGGAUCCGCAGGUUCAGAAAAGUGAUAGAGGAAUACCAAGAUCAGAUGGACGUGUUUAAAGCCAUAAACAUCUUCAGACAGCACAUGAUGAACCAGAAGAGUUUCUACAAGGCUGCAGACUGUGAUGUAGGGGAUGAAAACAUAUGAAGAGUAGGUGUGUUGGCCUGCUGGUGAAGGGUUUUCCCAGACAAACAAACAGACCUCCUCUCCACUGCAGUCAAGGAAAUGACUUCUCUUCUACAAGUUUGUGUGUAGUUACGAUAACAUCGUGGCAAGAAUGACACAGGGAAGAGCAGAGUUGUUUUUCUAAAGCGCUCUACUCCCUGUUGGCACCUGCAGUCCCAAUUACACAAUCAUUCACAUUACUUGCAAACUAAAUCAUAAAAACCUUGGUUAUCAUUUGUUAGAUUGAAAGCUAUGAUUAGCUUGUUUACUAUAUUUACUUUUUCUUCUAUGUUGCUGUUCUUCUACAAGAUGAAGGAUAUCCUGGAUAAGAGAGCAUCUGUAAAUAAAUAAU